AUGAAUAACAAUUCUUCAUCCUUACCAUCAAAUAACACUUCAACAUUGACAACUGACAGUAAUAAUUCUAUCAACAUGUUGAAAAAUAAUAAGACUGAUUUAAACAUUGUUUUAACAUCAACUACAUCAUCACAAUCACUUUCAAACAAUCAACAACAUGAACUCCCGAUUUCUUCUGAUGUCCAACCACAAUUUUCCACAUCAGAAUUGGAAGGAAACAUUCCUUUGAUUGAUGACAGCAAUAUCUCAAAUUUGUUUCUUUCACAAAAUGCUCAACAAGCUAUUUAUUCCUCUUCUUUCAAUUGUAAUCAGCAAGAUCAUGUAGGAGAUGAGGAAGAAAUGGUUUCGUCUGAAUUAUCAGAAAGAAAAAGUGGAGCAUCUGUUUCUAAUACUUCAAGCUUAUUGAAUUUAAUUCUUUCCAGUAAUAAUAAUAACAAUACUCGUCAUUCAUCAGCAGGAAUGAAUUCUUCACAAGCUCAGCAACAUGUGUUAAAUUCAGUUUCGAAUAAUCAAAAUUCGAAUCCUUCUCAAACUUCUUCCUUUCUCCAACACUUAAUUCAACAACAAUUAAUUCACAAUUCCUCUUCAUCCAAUAAUCCAACGAGCUUUGAACUUUACACAUUAGUCAAUCCAGCUACAGUUUCUUCCAAUUCCAUUUCUACAGAUCUCGAUUCUGUCCUAUUAACAACCUCAACCAAUUAUAUUCGAAACAAUGACGAAAUAGAUUCAGAUAGCAACAUGAUAUUCAUGAGCAGCGCUGCUACAUUACCUUCAACUUCAUGUGAUAGUUUGUUAAUUGGUGGUGGUCAUAACAUCAUCAAGCAUGUCCAACCACAACAACCACCACAACAACAACUUUUCAAAACAAAUAUCAUCACUUCAUCAUCUUUGACCAAUUGUAGCGGCAAUCAUAGAGGAAGUGUCGCAGUGAUUCCCGACAAUAAUAAUCACAAUCACAAUUAUCAGCAUCUGGAAGAAGCAAACAACAACUCUCUCAAGAUAAGUGUUGGUGGUGCAACGGAAAUUGAUUUAGCUACAGUAAAUAAUAAGAGCGCGGGAAACAGUAAUACUGGUAUUAGCGAUUUAAAUUUUCAUAAUAAUAAUAAUACAUCGGCAUCGCCUGGAUCAUCAUUGUUAUCGUUGAUGGCUGGUGAUGGUUCAUCGAAUAUGAAUAUCAAUACGAAUACGAAUAAUAAUCAAAUAGUGAUGAAUAAUAAUAAUAAUAAUAUUACUGGUAUGAAUUCAACAGUAGGAGGAGGGACAAGGUCAUCACCUUCCGAAGCAAAUAAUUAUAUUAUGAAUAGUUUAAAUUCAAAUUCUUUUAAUAGUGGUCAACAUCAUAAUAAUAGCAGUAGCACCAUUAGUAAUAAUAAUACAUCAUUAUCAUCAAAUAAUAAUAAUAACAUGAAUUCUCAUCAUCAACCUCCUCUCCAUCAUAAUCACUCUUCACAACAUUCCCUGAUGCAAAGCAAUAAUUACAACAAUGGAAAUGUUCAAAAUCUCCCACAACAUAACACUUCAUCUCCACCUCUCGUUCCGAAUACUCAUCAUCAUAUGUUAUCUUUGAAUCCAUUAUCUUCUCAAACAAACAAAGCAAGCAACAUGAUGAUGGUUGGCUCUACUCCUCCUCAACAAUCCUCAGCUGCUGCAGCAACAUCCAUUCAUCCAUCCUCCGCAGGAACAUUGUCAUCAUCUCCACCUCUGUUGUAUAAUGGCAGCAGCAAUAACAAUUUGUAUCCACAACAGCAACAACAACAACAACACUUUAAUUAUAGUGCAACAAUGAUGAUGAAUAAUCAGAGUACUAGUAAUAACAAUACAACAACAACAGCUGGUCCGUAUGGUUUAAAGCAAAAUUCUACCAACAUGGGAUUAUCUGGCAUGAUGAUGAAACCAGAUCCUCACACAACACCAUCUCCUUCCAAUCAUUCAUCUAGUACUAAUGGGUUCAAUUAUAAUAGUCAACAAACACAAUAUAAUAAUGGUGGUGUGAUAGAUAAUGGAUAUCAACAUCAACAGCAGCCACAUCAACAGAAUAAUGUAAUGUAUAGCAAUCAACCAAUGAGCUCAUCAAAUCAUCACAAUGUGACGAGUGCUUCUCCUAAUCUUUCAAUGGAUCAUCAACAGGGAAAUAUUCAAUUCCAAUUCCAUCAACAUACUCCUAAUCAAAAGAAGCGAGGAAGACAAUCUAAUAGUAAUACUCCACAAACUUAUCAAUUCCAAUAUUAUAAUGGUAAUACAUUUACUAGUAAUGGCACCAAAGUCACGAAUACUCCUCAAUCAACAUUCCAACAAAGUUCCUAUCAACCUCAACCAAUAAUGAAUAAUCAACAACAAAUCAUACAUAAUUUUACACCAGCUCCACAACAAAAUUUCAGUAAUAGUAAUAGCAGUUCUGGAAAUGCUCCAUCAUUAAUGUAUAAUACUAAUAACAACAACACCAAUGGUAAUAUGAACAGCCCUGCUAGUGGAAUACCUAGAGAAAUCGAACCAUUCUCAUCAGCGGAAACAUUUAAUGAUGAAGAGGAUGAAGAUGAUGACGAUGAAGAGGAAAAUGAAGAUGACGAUUGUGAAUAUCACCCAAUUGCCUGUGUGCAAUGUAGAUCUCUACACAAAAAGUGUGACAAGAAAUUGCCAGCUUGUACCAAAUGUGUUUCCAGAGGUGUGGAAUGUACCUAUAGAACACCAAAGAGAAACACUUCUCAACCAUUACCAAAGAAGAAGAAAAAGAAGAAGAAUAAGAGUGUUAGCAACAAAAGUUCACAACCAUCACAAUCUGUUAAUUUAUUGGUCAAGACAAAAGUUUUGGAUUUGUACUUUACAUAUUUAUGUCCAGAUUUUCCAUUAAUUGAUAGAUCUGAAAUGGAAUUUUACUUGAGUGAUGCCUGUCCUGUAGGAACACCAAAUAAGAAGGAAAUGGAAGUUCUCUUUAUGGCAAUUAGAGCAUUGUGUGAAUAUAGAGUUGGUUCUGUGGAGAGUGGAGUCAAAGCUGUUCAGGAAGCAAGGCAAGCUUUAUCAACAGUUUUUACUGAUUAUUCUAAUUUCUAUGUUGCUUGUUCGUAUUGCUUUAUGUCCUAUGUGGAGUCUUUGAAUCAUGACAUUAAGACUGCUAACUUUUUCCUCAAACUUGUUGAUUAUCACUUACAAGAUAUUCCAACUGACCAGCUCGAUGAAAAACAACAAAUUCUUAAAAGAUAUCAUGCCUUUGCUAAAACUAGUGUCAGUAACAGAUUAUUGAACGAUUUUACAGGAAAUGUAAUGGACGUAAUCAAGCAAAUUCCACAAUUAUAUUCCCUUUCUACUGGUCAAAGUCUUCCACCAGAGUUCCAAAAUAUUGUAAAUCAAGAAAUUACAUCUAGUAAUUAUCAAGAAACACUAGAUGUUGUAGAGACACUCUUCAAACUGUUACACGUCCAAACAGACAAUCUUGCCAAACCAGUUGAUAUUAAGGACUUGAGAAGAAUUGACCUUGUUUAUAUUCUCAUGACUAACGGAUUAAAGAUUGCAAUUUUGACUAAAGCUGGAGAAAGAAAGGAUCUCAUAGAAGAAUCAGCGCUUAAAAUUACCUAUACAACCUACUCCCAACUCUAUGCAUUUUCAUCUGUUGACAUGAUGGGAUAUGUUGCACUUGGUGCCAGAGUCCACUAUCAUAUUGUCAGAGCUAUUGAGGCAGGACAGAGAUCAAACUUUACAAAUGGAAUAAUUUCACUCGAUGGUAAAAUAGGACCAAUUGAUUAUUAUGAAAUUUUGGCUAGUGAUUUGCGAGCAAUCAAUUUACUGAAAAGAUACUUGAGGACACCUUCUCCUUAUUUUGAAAACUUAUGCUCUGAUAUUCAAACAUUACUGCAAAAUAGAGGUAAAGGAGUAAUACAAUCAUCACCACCAACAACACUCAACACUGAAUUUCCUAAUUCACAACCUGUUUAUAAUCUAGAUUCAACAAUAACUCAAAACUAA